ACCCGACAGUACGCACUGAUCGCUCUCCAGCUAUUCUCACCUGCACCACUUGGAUCUCCUCUUCCUCUUGUUCCUAGCUGAACGGACCACCUGCCGAUAGAUAUCCUAGGCUCCUAGCUAGUUUGACUACUUUGGUAGGUACGGUGAUCGUCGGAUCAGGCAUGGCGACCGCGACGACGGAGCAACGACCCGGCGGCGUCCGCGAGGACGACGAGCAGCGGGGCUUUGUUGACUGUGACGGCGGUGACCGCGGCGUCGUGGCGAGGGAGGCGGCGAGCCGGCGGGUGUCCCGCCUGGCUGUCGAGGGCGGCGACGCCGACGGCAGCAGGGCCGGCCGUGCCCAAGGCGUCUCGGUCGGCAGGCCGGGGCGGCUGCAGGACGACGCGGUGGCGGCGCGGCGACGGCGCUCGUUCGGCGGCGCGCGGGCGCUGCCGCCGCCGCACGCGUGGCUGGCGAUCAGGCAGCAGCAGCAGUACGACAGCGACCCGGAGGCGGCGGAGGAGCAGUGGGCGCGGUUCCUCGGCGCGGCGGGGGCCGGCGCGAGGCAGCAGCAGCAGCAGCAGCAGCAGCGGCGGAGCAGCUUCACGGUGGUGCGGCGCGAGCGCGCGGCGCGGGAGGCGUGGCUGGACCGCGCGUGGGAGAUGAAGCGGAGCUGGCACGAGCGCAACGGCGGCGCCCCCGACGCGGACACCCCCGUGGUGGUUGUGGUCGGGAAGGGCGGUGGCGGCGGCGGGGGCGGAGCGUCGGGCGCGUCCUCGCCGGCGCACUCCCAGCACGCGGGCUCCGUCGGCGGCGGCGGCGUGGCCAUGGACGUGGAGGAGGUCCGCGCGUGCCGCGACCUCGGGCUGGAGCUCCCCUCCGAUUGCACCGUGGAGAUCCAGUGCUACGGGCUGACGUCCGGCGGCAGCAGCCCCACCCAUACCGCCAGCAGCGGCGCCGACUCCCCCUGCGCCGUCUCCAGCCCCGGAGCUGAUCCGAUGGACGUGAAGGCUCGGCUCAAGGUGUGGGCGCAGGCGGUGGCGCUGACCUCCACCACCCAUCUCGGCUCUUGAUGACGCUUCCAUGCGCGUAUGCUCCGCUCCGCUUCGUCCAUCGAGUUUUUUCAGCCAUGUCAUACAUGGUUUCUCUAAUAUAGGAGUAUAUGCAAAUGUGUGUGCACACCGGUUUUCUUCUUCCAUUUCCUUUUUUUUGGUCUACACGCGCUCAUGCUACGCGCAUUGGAGUAAUAAGUACCUAUCUAAUCGGUCUCCGUUUGUAAUUGUAACUUUGUGAUCCUCGAGUGUGUAAGCGUGUGUGUAAGGAAUCAUCGUGUGCUAUCUACAUUUUGUUAAUGACAUGUAUGAGGUGUCGUCCAAUGCAAACAAUUGGAUAGCAAUGUUAACAUGUAUGGGUCGUUUUCUGCAUUA